GCGCUCGCGCGCGCGCAGAGCCACUUUCCACGGAAGCAAGAUACGCCGAAGCAAAAUACGCCGAGCUCCACCUCAAGGUGCACCAUGAGCGAGAGACAAGGUUCCGGGCCUGCAGCUGGCAACAACAAAACCUCCGGAGGACAAGAUGCUUCCAAGACGGACAUCCCGGAAGACUUCGACAUCGACAUGGAAAACCCAGAGACUGAGAAAGCGGCCGUAGCUAUCCAGUCGCAGUUCAGGAAGUUCCAGAAGAAGAAGCGGGAUGAGAAGUCUUAGUUGGCGGCCACUGUGACGACACAGUGACCUUUGCAUGAGUUAUAGCUGUUUGAACUCCGCUGGUUGUAAUGGGGUUUAGGGGACGGCGAAAGAAUGCAAUAGCCUGUGGAACAUAUGUCUGUGAAAGCUCAUGACACAUCCUAUUAUGACAGUCAGAAUUAUUAUUAAUCAGCUGCUGUAUUUAAAAGAAAAUAUGAGAACCUGUUUUUUUCUUGUAGUAUUCGUCUCAUACAUCAUGGAGUGGUAUUUGUCAUGGGAUAUGUUUUUGUUCUAGUCUCUGCCUCUCGUAGUUCCCUAAUAAAUCAGUAUUGUGUUAGUCGAUGGAACAAAAAGUGUGUUAGAGUGACGACUGUUUUAAGCAAAAUUAGUCUGCAUCCCAUUCAAGCAGAUGAUUUCACUCUACCCGCAUGUACACCGAAUGAAUAAAGACUGUUUAUGGAA